AAGUUCUAAGGCGGAUGCAGCAGCCGCGCAGCAGCAAACCUCUAAUAGCUCUUGGUACUAUCUGGAAUACAUCGGUUAUGCGAAGAAAAAAGUGUUACAGUUAGUACACAUUGUGUUGCGAGAGGACAAGCAAGACAGGCAACCUUUCUCAUGCAGGAAAUAAUGCUUGCCAGCGUCAUUUCAUUUGUGCUUUCCCUUACAGUUGUCUGCGCAUCACAGGUUUUCUAUGCCAUAUGGAGCAAGAACUUUGUGAUGCAGAAUCUCCAACGAAUGUGUAACUGCAGCAUUUUUAUUUUCGUGGGAUAUCGGCGGCGGCGUCUAUUCCACCGGCGACAAUGAAUAUUUCAACGAAAAUGACAUCCGCUUCCACUUUGUCGCCGACACUCUUCAGGAUGACGACGAAUUUAACCACUUGGACUACGACCCAACCGGGCGGAAAAAACGCCACAAAAAGCUCCGCUUGGACAUAUGCAUCGCAAAUGCAUCGUUCGUAGGAAAAAUAAUCGCAUUACAAAUUUUUCCAGAAACAAAAAUAGAGAAGUUUGUCAUGCUGCACAAGGUACAACCGAAAGACAUCUGUCAUGCCCAUGCGAGAUUGCGAUUAUAACUACGAGUGCGAUACAACUUUUCCACUGGAUAGGAGAAGCACGCGUACAAAGUCCGGAAAUUCGGCGCCGACAGCGUGAUGGCUUAUGAGAUGAAGGGCGCGGCCGGUGCGAAGGGACGGCCCCGGG